CUCUUACAACUUGUUACCUACAUACUCUUCCAUUCUCUGCAGCCCACAUUCUUCUCUCCAACUCCACUCGAUUGAGAAUCAAUUCCCAUUCCCUCCUUUCAAGAGGCUACCAGGAGCUUCAAGAAUGGCAGAAAGCAGCGGAAAGGAUCCCGAGGCGGCAGAAAAAUACGCCUGCACUCUCCCUGCAUAUUUCAUUCCGAAUUUCCAGCGAGAAUGGUCAAGCUUGGCCGCCAGGCUCUUCAACACCGACGCUUUGGACAUUCUCUUGACAUCUAAUGAAAAGAAACAAUCUCUCGCACUAAUCGCCAUCCCCAUCACUAGUUCGUCCUUCGCGAACAAGCGCAGAGCCCAGGCCCUCCACAGAACGGUCAGCCAAGCGCGGGAGAUGGGCCAGGGCAAGCGAACUCCCGCCAGAGUCACAAUUAUUACAGCUCUCCUCAUCUACAUGCUGGAACCUCCGCUGACUUGGUGGGAAUGGGCGGCCAUGCAUCAACCACUCGGUGUUCUGCGAUAUGUUCGGGACUGUGCUGAUGGCCUCAGCCUUUACUCAUCGGAGGGUAUGUUGAAGGCAGCGUUGGCACAUUCUCCGACAGUGUCAGCCCAAGAUCAAUCAGACAGCUUACUCGUUGUCGACAAGCCUUCGUUGAAGGAAGCCAGCGCCAAGAAGACCAGCGCCAAAUCUUUGGAACCUGCUCAGCUCGACUCAGAUCAUCUCGCUCUACCGGCUCUGAGACCUUGGACGCGCUCCAUCACCAAGUUUACGACACCUUCGCCGCCGAGCAAGAAGCGGAAGGCGGAGUCCGAGUCCCCUCAAGACAAGAAAAUUGUCCAGAAGAAAGAGUCAGCCAGCCCAAAGAAGGUCAAGUUGGCUGUUCCGAAGAAGAAAGUCGUCAGUUCCAAGAAGAAGACGGCCACUCCGAAAAAGAAGGUAAUGGCUGAAUCGGAAAACAAACCCACUCCACAAGCCAAGGACCCCAAGGCCCGAGACGCCGAAGCUGCGAGGCGACAACAGCCGAUGGACAAUGUCUUGUUGGCCAGAUACAUGAAGAGUGCCCCCAUGCUCGAUAGAAUUGCAGAUUACAACGAAGAAUCUGUGCGUUGCGUUGCCCUCACCAGUUUUCUUAGAGACUUGAAGAGCUCAGGCUGGGAAGAUCUGGAAAAGUGUACCUGGCAGCUCAUCAAGGAUGGCGACUAUGAGUCUCGCGCGUUUCUCGCUGAGGCCAUAAUGAACGAUGUCUAUCAGCGCAUCAAUAACUCUGUCGAAGACGUUCCGCAGCCCGCGCAGCUCACAGAGCCCGCGCGGGUCGAAGAUGCCACACAUCAACCCGUACAACAGCUCACGGAAGCCAAACAGACCGCGCAAGCCAGCCUGGAUGAGCAAUUUAUGGAUACACCAACGAAGCGGAGAAGCCGGUCCGGGUCCAAGCAGGGUAAGAAGUCCACUCAGACAAAGAAGCGUACCGCAGAGACAAAGAAGCCCACAACAAACACGUUGAGUGAGCAUAACACACCUACGAAGCAGGCAAGCCGGCCUCUCAGAUUCUCUCCCAGCAGUCGCAUGUCUGAUGACGUUUUCAACGACACGUCUCCUGUAUCCGCCGCCUCGCCAUCGGCAGGUCUGCAGCAACCAAACUUGGCUUCCCCGCCUCGCUUCAACAUUCGCGGAAUAUUAGUCAAACGACUGAAGUCGAAGGAUACUCAGGCUUGA